CUACUGGUGUUUUUAAAGAGCUCUUUCGGGGACUGACUACAUGGGACAAUCAGGGAAAUACAUUUUGUUUUUGUUUUUGUUUAGGGUGAACCAGGAUUGCCUGGAGAGGAAGGACUGACUGGCCCAAAGGGUAAAAAAGGCCAAGCAGGUGUCAAAGGGGAGAAGGGGGAGCGUGGAGAAAUGGGGCCGAAGGGACUUCAAGGAAGUGCUGGCCUUCCAGGAGUGGUGGGGCAGAAAGGAGACCAAGGAAGUCAGGGCUUUCCAGGUGCUCCGGCCAUGGGGGUUGUUGGACCUCCAGGCAAGAAGGGUGCCAGAGGCGAUAUUGGACCCGUCGGCCCCACAGGACCACAGGGAAACAAAGGAAAACAAGGAGUUAAAGGAGAGAAGGGAAGUCCAGGUUUUGGCAUUCCAGGGCAAUCAGGAUUGAAGGGGGACAUGGGCGAAAGGGGGAAUGUAGGUUUAUCUGGCAAACCUGGCCCAAAGGGGGAAAUGGGUCCAAGGGGAGAGAAAGGUGAACCAGGAAUACCUGGGAAACCAGGAGAGACCGGACUAAGAGGUAAAGAUGGAGAAGCAGGCGCCCCAGGAGAGCCAGGAGAGAGAGGAAUCUGGGGACCUUUCGGGCUUCCGGGACAUCGUGGAGAACAAGGGAUCAAAGGCGAGAUGGGAAAACCAGGACAGGAUGGAGUCGCCGGAGAGAAGGGAGACAAGGGUGAAGCUGGGAACCCUGGGCCGCCCGGGUCACCUGGAAGCAUUGUAUCAUCUCUGGAUAACAGCAUCACCAACAAAGGCAAUAAGGGAGAUCCAGGGGAUACAGGCCUGAAAGGAGAGAGAGGCCCUCCAGGUCCCAGGGGACCGGAUGGUCUCCCAGGGCCUUCAAGUGGGACUCUGCUGGAUAACAUGUCAGAAAAGGGGACAAAAGGGGAAAAGGAUCUGGAGAGACUUUUUGAAGCAUAUGGGAUCAAGUUGGGGCUGCUGAAGGAACUGACUGAUCUUCUCCUGAGGGAAGGGUUUGAAGCUCUGAUCCAGCGGCGGGCCAGCUCCGGGAAAAGCAAGCCAGCCAAGAAAAAGGAGGGUUUUACACAAGCUACGGACUAUGCUGUGAGUAUUCAUCCCCCUGAACUUCUGCAGGAUCAGAGAGAAGAAGGGGAGGAGAGCUGGGAAGAAAUGGAAGCACCGAGAAAUGGCUAG